AUGCCGUGGGUGAUGCCCACCUCCCCAGCACAGGGCCGCAAAGCCUCGGUGAAGCCAUGGUGCUACGCAGCAGGACCACAGGUGACCUGUCCCAGCCUGGUGAACCGCCUCACCAUAAACCCUGCUGCCGGGGCUGGGAAGCAGAUAACGGUGGGGCUGAAGUCCAAUGGGCAGGUCCCCGGGAGCAGAUUCCAGCCCUGGGCUCACGGCGUGGCGUCCCUUGACGGCCCCGUGCCUCUCCUGGCUCCAUUUUACUGUUGCUGCAGCCUGGAGGUUAAGAUGGCCGGGCCGGUGGUGCUCACCCUCCUGCUGCUGCUGGCUGGGACCAUCCUCCCCAGUGGGUCCAUGGUUGUCAACAGCUGCAGGAGUGCAGCUGAGCAGCUCUGCAACUUCAUCUGUGACUGCAGCAACUGCUCUGAUGAGAAUCAGUGUGGGUACCUGCGGGGCUCGGCGGUGCUGGGCACCCCCUUCACCUGUGAUUUUGAGGAAGGUGACUGUGGCUGGCAGGAUGUGAGCACCUCGGCUUACAGAUGGGUGCGGGGCCGGGCCAGCCUGACCACAUGGGGCACGGGGCCCCACUCAGACCACACCGUGGGCACUGACUUAGGGUGGUUCAUGGUGACCGUGUCCCCCCCAGCAAAGACCAUGGCCACAGCCUGGCUAAGGUCACCAGUGAUGCAGGAAGCAGCUGCCACGUGCGAGAUCAGGGCCUGGUACCACCUCUCAGGAAGCGGGCUCAACCAGACAGAGCGGCCGCUGCUGCGCUUGGCCAUGGCAUACAGGGAUGAGGUGGUGGGGCUGUGGCAGAGCCCCGAGCGUGGAGGCGAGGGCUGGCACCAGCUGGUUGCCUACCCAGGCCGGAUCGCAGAGCGGUUCCAGCUCAUCUUCUCCCUGACACAACCGCCCACAUGCGGGGCAGAGCUGGUGCUCGAUGACAUCAUCUUCAGGAACUGUGGCUUGCAGGAGCCCAGGCAGCAGGUCUGUGGGGUGGAGGAGAGCCGCUGCAGCCGGGGCUUCUGCCUGGCACAACACCGCUUCUGUGAUGGCACCGAUGACUGUGGAGACGGAUCGGACGAGGAUGCAACGUGGUGCAAGUCCUUCAACCUCUGCUCCUUUGAGCGAAAUCUCUGCAGCUGGGAGGUGGAGGUUGGGCAGCCGACGUGGGAGAGAAACACGAGCCUGAACCUGGGGACCGCAUACGGUAUCCCAACCCGGGACCACAGCAAUAACAGCAGGGCAGGUUUUUUCCUCCACGUGGGCAGCACCUCAGCCACGGGGGUCAGCAGCCCGGCCCGGCUCAGCAGUCCCACUUUCCAGGCCACCAACUCCUGCUCCCUCGUGCUGUACUGCCACCUCCAUGGCUCGGCCACCAGCAGCCUCAGCAUCUCCUAUGUGACCAACUCCACCAAGCACCUGGUGAGGGAGAGGACGGGGGACCUGGGCAGCUGCUGGGUCCGGGAAAGAGUGGACUUCAACACAACAGAGAGCUUCAAGGUGCUGAUCGAGGGGGUGACCGGCAGCAUGGGGACUGUGGCCAUCGAUGACCUGAUCCUGUCUCCGGGCUGCGUACAGGAGCAAGAGAAGCCUUUGACCACACUGCUGAACCAGGCGGGUGCCGGACCCUGCGCAGCUGAGGAGGUGGCCUGCGACAGCGGGGGCUGCAUCGCCACAGAGCUGGCCUGCGACUUCGCCGAGACGUGUGCCGAUGGCUCUGACGAGAAGCGCUGCGGAGCAACCACCUUCGAGGCGGGGGCUGGGGGCUGGCACGAUGUCAGUGUGGGGCAGCUGCGCUGGGGUGUGCAGAGGGCCACUGAGCCUGCUGAUACCGUCCUUGUAGGUGCAGGGGCUUUCCUGGCCCUCCAGAAAGGAGAAGGACAAAUGGUGGCUGCUGCGAGGGCACGCACACCGCUGCUGGGCCCCUCUGGCCCCGCCUGUGCCAUGGAGAUGAGCUAUCACAUCCACAGCAGCCCCCAAGGCUUCCUCACCAUCAGCGUAGUGGAUCAUGCCACUGGCACCACCCACCUGGCCUGGCACAUGCAGGGGCACAGCGGCACAGCUGGGGGACGUGUCCAUGUCCCACUGGGAGAAAGGACCCGACCGUUCCAGGUGCGCCCAGGGGCACAGGGACCAGACUGGUUGGCUGCUGGUAGGGCAGUACCAGUACUGCCAGGCACCCUGGGCUCACUGCCGCUGCCACGCUGCCCCCAGGUCGAGCUGCUGGGGUUGGUGGAUCUGCAAGACUCGGCAAGCGCCGCGAUCGAUAACGUGACAUUUGUGCAGUGCCACCUUGACAUGGUGCCGCCUGGGGCCACGGCGCUGUCCUGCAACUUCGAGAGGGGCAUGUGCGGCUGGUACCAGGAUCAGUCCAGUGACUUCAAAUGGGUCCGUGGCACAGGGCAGGGGCAGGGCUCCGACCACACUACUGGCUUGGGCUACUUCAUGGCUGCGGACCCCACUGUGCCAUGGAGCCGUGGGCAGAAGGCACAGCUUGUCACCUACCGCCAGGAGCCCAUUGCCACCCCACACUGCCUCUCCUUCUGGUACCGCCUGGCCGGCCCGCAGAUUGGCACCCUAAACCUCAAGCUGCAGAUGGAGGGAGUGGAGGAGAUGGUGCUAUGGACCCGACGGGGGACCCAGGGCAGUGUUUGGCACCGGGGAUGGGCAACGCUGCCUGCCACGGGCCGGCGGCAAUACCGGGUGGCCUUCGAGGCUCUGCGGGAUGGGUUCCUGGGGGACAUGGCGCUGGACGACCUGGCACUGACAGCGGGGCCCUGCGGGGCUGAGCUCUCCUGCUCCUUCGAGGCGGAUGCCUGCGGGCUGGUAGCCAGUGGGCAGCGCACCUGGCUGCGGCAGAGCAACGGCACUGGCACCACUGCUGGCCCCCAGGCUGACCACACCACUGGCACUGCCACAGGUACCAGGACCAUGGCUUCCUGGGGCUCCGGGGGAGCCCUGCUGGCUGGGCAGGGGUCACGGCACAGGGGCUUCUCUCCCCCAGGCCAUUAUAUGGUGGUGAGCACGGGCAGGGACUCCCUGCCUGCAGGGCACGCAGCUGCCCUCACCUCCCAGCCCUACCAGCCCUCUGCGCCUGCCCAGUGCCUGGCCUUCUGGUACCAGCUGAGCGCCAGGACCCCAGCGGCACCUUUGGAUGGGUGUGUGUGUGUGUCCCGCAUGGCACGGCCCUGGACCCCUGCUCCAUGGUGGGUGCCCUGGGCAGGCUUCCUUGGGGUCUUUGUGGAGCAGAGCGGGGUGCGGAGGAAGGUAAUGGGCAUAAGCACCAUGGAGGGGGAUGCCUGGCAUCGCGGCCACAUCACCGUCCGGCCAGAUGGGGACUGGCAGGCAAUAUUCGAAGCGGUGGGAGCUGGGGGCAACCACGGGUACAUCGCGCUGGAUGACCUGCAUGUGUCGGAUGGAGCCUGCCCUGAGCCAGCGUCCUGUGACUUUGAGCGGGACAUGUGCGGCUGGAGCAGCCCCUCAGACCCCCGCCUGCACAGCUUCGCCUGGGGCUGGAAGAGUGGGGUCCCCCUUGCCAAGUACCCCGGCCCUGAGCAGGAUCACACCCUGGGCACAAGGAACGGUCACUACGUGCACUUUGACACCAGUGUGCUGGGCCCAGGGGGCACCACUGCCCGGCUGGAGAGCCAGCAUCUGCCUGCUACUGCCGACUCCUGCCUGCAGUUCUGGUACCACAUGGACAUCCCAGAGCACCUCUCCUGUGGGGAGCUGCGGGUGAUGCUGCACAGUGUGGCGGGGCAACGCACAGUGUGGACCAUGGUGGGGCACCGGAGCCAGGGCUGGCGGGGCGGUGUGGUGCCUGUGCGGAGCCCCAGCGAGUUCCAGAUCAUCUUUGAGGUCACCACACGGAGGUGGCCGAUGGAGGGGACGGUGGCACUGGACGACGUUGUGUACAGUGCCGGGAGGGGCUGCCAUUCCAGCCAGGAGGUGCCAGUGGAAGAGAAAUCCUCUGGCAGCUUUGUGGCAGAGGUGGUGCUCGGUCUUCUCCUGGCUGUCAUCACCCUGGCGCUGGUGGCUGCCGGAGGCUGGUACUGGCUGAAGCGGCGAGGGCUGGUGAGCGGGACGCCAGCGGAGAGCAACACUCCGCAGGGCUUCGACAACAUCACUUUUCGAGAUGACAAGGUCAUUAUAUCUCCAGUGCCAAAAGAAGGGGAUGAGAAUUGA